AAAGACACUUGUGAAAAUGGCAUGCCCAAGGAAUUUCAAAAGAUGCAGACCACCUGAUUGAAGAUGGUGGCUCUGUGUUUUACUCCAUUUAAUUAGUAAAUUGCCACUGUUCCAUAAGAAAGUCAUGAUUACAUUAACUGAACUCAGAUGCUUAGCAGAUGCCCAGUCUUCAUACCAAAUCUUGAAACCGUGGUGGGAUGUCUUCUGCUAUUAUCUCACCAUGAUAAUGCUGCUUGUUGCUGUUAUUGCUGGGGCACUCCAGCUUACUCAGACUAGAUUGUUAUGUUGUCUUCCUUGCAAGCUUGAGUUUGACAAUCAUUGUGCAGUGCCUUGGGAUCUGGUUAAAAGCAACAUUAAUGUGUCCUUCAGCUCUGCAACACCAAUAAUGCGCCCUCUGAGAAUACAGAACUAUCUUCAUCGUCAGCAGUACUCUUACAUUGACGCCGUGUGUUACGAGAGAGAGCUUCACUGGUUUGCCAAAUUUUUCCCAUACUUAGUGCUUCUCCAUACUUUCAUUUUCGCAGCUUGCAGUAAUUUUUGGCUUUACUAUCCCAGCACAAGUUCAAGGCUGGAGCAUUUUGUAGCCAUUCUUCAUAAAUGUUUUGAUUCUCCCUGGACAACACGUGCUCUGUCAGAGACGGUGGCUGAACAGUCUGUGAGGACUCUGCCUCUCUCCAAAUCAAAAAAAUUUAUCUCCUCACCAAGCAACUUCACAGAAUUGGACAGUAAGCGGCAAUCUGUGUCCUACUCGCAAACUGGACUAGAAACAGCUGGAAGAGAAAGCUCUUCAAAUGUCCUAGACAGAAAAGAAGGAGAACAAGCAAAAUCAAUUUUUGAAAAAGUUAAGAGGUUCAGGAUGCAUGUUGAACAGAAAGAUAUCAUUUAUCGAGUGUAUCUAAAGCAGAUUGUGGUCAAAGUCAUUGUGUUUAUAUUGAUAAUGAUUUACGUUCCCUAUUAUUUAACCUUUGUUACACUAGAAUUUGACUGCAUAGUUGAUAUUCAGGUCUUUACUGGCUACAAGAGAUACCAAUGUGUUUAUUCAUUGGCAGAAAUUUUUAAAGUGCUUGCUUCAUUCUAUGUUAUUUUGGUGAUCUUAUAUGGCCUGACGUGCACUUACAGUCUGUUAUGGAUGGUGAGAAGUUCACUGAAACAAUACUCUUUUGAGAAGCUGAGGGAGCAGAGUAAUUAUAGUGAUAUCCCUGAUGUGAAAAAUGAUUUUGCCUUUAUUCUUCAUCUGGCAGACCAGUAUGACCCCCUAUAUUCUAAGCGGUUCUCCAUUUUCCUGUCUGAGGUGAGUGAAAAUAAGUUGAAGCAAAUUAGUCUAAAUAAUGAGUGGUCUUUAGAGAGACUGAGAAGCAAGCUGGUACGAAAUUCCCAGGACAAGAUGGAACUUCAUCUUUUUAUGCUUAGUGGUCUUCCAGAUGAUGUCUUUGAACUCACAGAGAUAGAAGUUCUCACCCUAGAACUCAUUCCUGAGAUUAAGCUUCCUUCAUCAGUAAACCAGUUGCCCAGUCUCAAGGAAUUAAACCUUUAUCAUUCAUCAUUAACUGUAGAAUUCCCAGCCUUGAGUUUCCUGGAAGAGAAUCUCAGAAUCCUGCGUCUAAAAUCAGCUGACCUAAGCAAAAUUCCACGCUGGGUCUUCUAUCUAAGGAAUCUCCAGGAAUUGUAUUUGACAGGAUGCUACAUGCUAGAACCCCAGAAUGGCCUCUACAAUGAAGGCUUUCAGGAACUUGUGAAUCUGAAAACAAUUCACUUAAAGAGUAGCCUUUCGCGCAUACCUCAGGUGGUUACUGACCAGCUGCCUUCACUACAAAAGUUAUCUAUUGAUAAUGAGGGGAGAAAACUGCUAGUGUUGACCAACUUGAAGAAACUGCUGAACCUGAGAACUUUGGAAUUGAUCAGCUGUGACCUGGAACGCAUUCCACAUUCUAUCUUCAGCCUGAAUUAUUUGCAUGAAAUAGACCUGAAAGAAAAUAAUCUCAGAACGGUAGAAGAAAUCAUUAGUUUUCAACACCUGGAGAACCUUUCUUGUCUGAAACUGUGGCACAAUAAUAUAUCCUACAUCCCAGUGCAGAUUGGAACUUUGGCAAAUCUGGAGCAGCUCUUUUUAAACCACAAUAACAUUAAAAAAAUCCCACCACAGCUCUUUCUUUGCAAAAAACUGCAUUAUUUGGAUCUUAGUUAUAACAAGCUAACCUCUGUUCCUGAUGAAAUCCAGUAUUUAACAAAUCUGCAGUAUUUUGCGGUAACGAAGAACCAUAUUGAAGCACUUCCAGAUGAAUUGUUUCAGUGCAAAAAACUGCAGUACCUCCUUCUGGGACAUAACAGCCUGACACAUUUGUCGCCUCAGAUUGGUGAACUCUCCAGUCUUCUUCAUUUGGAGCUCAAAGGAAACUAUCUGGAGUCAUUACCUGCUGAGCUAGAGGAAUGUAGUUCUCUGAAACGGAGUUGUCUGGUUGUGGAAGAAUGCUUAUUAAAAACACUUCCCCUUCGAGUGACAGAGCCUGUGCCGAUCUUGGACAAAGCCUGAGUUUAAGAGAACUGUCUUGUGUGUACAGGCAAAACCCUCUGGAGUUCUUAAGCCCCAACUCUGAAGAAAAAUAUGCUUUGCUUCAGAUUUGCAACUCUACGUUGACUCAAAUCUCUCUUAAAAAUAUGUACACAUUUAAGUUUUAAACAUAUACAGAUUUGGCAUGUAUAUGCAUGCAUCUCAUGAAAAUCUGAAUUGUGAAUGAAUGCGUUCAGAGCUAAGCGGAAUAGUGUUUUAAUUAUUUUUGAGUGGCUGAGAUAGAAAAAUCCAGUUUGAAUCUAGUGAGAGCUAUUUUCCCAUGCCACUUUUAUUUCAACAGUAAUUUAUAUAUUUUCCUGUAAGGACCAACAAAUAAAGCUUUCCUGAUAUGUUUACCAUUGGCCCAUUUCUGGUAUGGAGAGGGAGCUUUAAUGGAGGCUGUCUUGUAUAAAAGAUCAUUGUUCAGUGCACUGAGGAAUAGAUUUAAAGUCAAAUAGUUUCAGUAUUUUUAUAAGUGAUGUGGAUAACUUCAUCAGGAUUUUUUCAUACCCAACCAUAAUUCAGAUUCCAUUGAGACAUUCCACCUGGCAUUGUCUAGAAUAUACCACUAGCCAUCAUGCCAUCUGGACUCCCAUUUAUGUGGCUUUAAGGAGUGAUAAUGGGAAGAACACUGUGUACAUAGUGGAACAUAAAUAUGCCUGGUUUAAAGGUGAAAUCAAGCAUUUGAGAACUAUGCAAGUUGUUAAGUUUAACAUGAGAGGUGUCUUUUGUGCUACGCUUAGUAUGUAUAAAUGCAAGUUUUUUAGCCCUUGUCUCUAAACUUGAGAUAGCAGUAGGACUUCAGUAUGAUACAGAGAUUCUGUUUCUGUGCCAUACCAAUGGCUGUUUUAUCUUUCCCAGUUUUCCUACUCUUCCCCAGUUUGUGUACUAAUAUGCUUCUGGGGAUGUUUCAGAAAUGUGCAGCAAGUUAUAAAAGGGACGGUACAGUUCAAGCAUUUAGAGAUGGUGUACUGCAGAUUAUCUUCACAAAAAGGAAAAUAGUUAACGUUAUGACCUGGAAAUGGGUGGCCCUAUGUACUUGUCUCUUAUUCAUUGCCAAAGGUAAUGGAAAACUUCUGUUACAUAUUCACAUUACAUCUUUCUGAAUAGUCACGAAAGCAAAUAAAAGUUCACUUGCAAAUACAGGCUUUGAUCCUAACAAAAGCUUUGGGAACCUCUCCUUGGUGGAAUUGCUAUGAAACCAUAUUUCUGUUAAAGGAGAAGGUGGGAGGUGGCUUUCAACACUUUCCCCCCUCCCAGCAACCCCUUGCAUGCCCCCCCAAAAAUGUUCCAGAAUGUAGGAAAUUCCUUGCAACAGAAUGGGGAAUGAUCCAGGAGCUGUAGAAGGAAAGAAAGGGAAAUUAUUACAUCCACUAUCCUCCACCUUCAUCCAGCAGCAGCUUUUGCUUGGCCAGCAUCCCUUCCAUGGGCAGAAGGAGCUUUUAUAGAAGUUAUGGUAAAACCUAUGGAAUUUUUCGUAUCUAUUUCAUAUCUAUUUCAGUGCUGCUCUGAGACAUCUUUGUGAUUUUUGAUUCCUGACACAAAAAUGUAAGAACUUGGUAGCAUGCUUUCAAAGAAAGAGUACUUUAUAUUUCUGUGUGAUGUAUUCAGGUGUUCUGCUUACUAAUGUUAUGCCUAUUUUGUGAGACUGGGUUGAAUGAGAUACUAGAAAUGUUUGUGACAAGUUUACAUUAGUAUGUGCUUUUUAAAAAAAAUCUUUAGAAAUAGCUCAGUUCCAUUAUACCACAGAACUCAGCUGCGUUAAAAAGAAAAAGAAAAUCUCACUUUGGUAAUAUCUGUCCAUUGUAAUAAUUACAUUCCAAAGAUCUUUUAAAUAGCUCUCAGGGAACAGAAAAUGUGUUGUUUUAUGUCUAAUUCUCCCAGCCUUUUAUUUGGCAGAGGAGGGGGAGAUACAACUUAAUUAUUUUGUUGAGGCAUCACACACCAAGUAAUAAAUAACCUGGGACCAUUAUCCUAAUGAACAUGUGCUUGUUGCAUUAGACUAUAUUGGGAAAGCAUAGUCUGCAUAUUUCAGAGUCUACUUGUGAUGAGAGAACUUUGGAGUUGAUUUUUGUCACACAAAAGCAGCAGACCUGCAGCAACAUGGACCUCUGGUCUUCAUGAAAAAAAUUAAUCAUGUGAUUGGGAUCUAAGCCUCCAUCUUACCACUUUUCACACAUUACAAAAUUAACUGAAAUCUCCUCAUCUUUGCCUCUCUUUUUUCCAGGAUUGCUUUUCCUUUCCUCAUCUUCUGACUUGUUCGUGUGAGCAGUCUU